AUGCUCCUGUCAUGUAUUACAAUGAGGAAAAAGCUGGACGAGGUCCUUUUUAUAACUGUGGAUGUUUUCACCACUGGUAAAAGGGAUGGUUUGGGAAGAACUAUCCUCCUCCUCUUCUGUUGCAGCAUCUUCAGCUUCUUGCUGAGCUCCGUGCUCCUCCUGUACCUCCUCUUCACCCUGGACUAUGAUCUCGCCGUGGCUGGAUCAAUCGCUGGUAGUUUCGGGACCCUGCUGGUCAUUGCUCUCUUCCUCUCAAACAACAUAAGGUGUUUGAUGACUCUUUUUGUGAUAUCCAUUUUCAUGAAGAAAAGCCGGAACCUCCUAUUGACUGCUGGGACUAGUUUAGUUGUCCUUAAAAAUAUUCGCAACACUCUGGAAAAUCUCAAACGCCUGGCCAUGAGUAUGAUAUGCAACCUGAAAGCCAAGAAAGCGUCCAUCACGGCUCCAUUCAGCAACUACAUCAAGAUGUUAAAGUGGAUUGGAGACAUGCUCAAAGGCGUCACGGAUCUGGGAGUAGUGAACCUGGAGUCUAAUCUCAAGGUCUCGCCCAGGCUGGAAUCUGAGAAAUUCAGGCUGAAGCUCAGUGACGCAGAGCGGCAGCUCAACGAGACGGUGAAGUACGCUCGGGCCCUGGCGGAGACCGUCUCCUCGGUGACCGACAGGCUGUUUCCUGCCAUCAGUUUCCUCGUUUUAACGAUGUUUAUAGCCUUACACAUAAAAAAGUACUGCAAGGACAUGAAAUACAAUAACAGGUUCAUCAGCAGAAAGUUUGUUCUCUAUGAUGAGAAGCAGAGGGAAGAAGGAAAGCCGCACGUUCUCCCCCUCACACCAAAGGAGGAGAAGCUGUACACGUUCAUCCCCUCUGCUCGUCCCAUACACAGAGAGAGAAAAGCUAUGCUAAAAUUUGCAACCCCGGUAGUUUCCCACUUUGUAACCUGGGUCAUGUUUAUAACCGUUGAUGCCUUAUUGUACUGUUUUGUUGACAUCCUUACAACCAGGUUGUCGGAGCUCGAACAAUUCCACGUCCCCCUGAAAAUAAGUUUCAAAGCGAUUGCAACCUUAAUUGGCAUACCGUUUAGCGAAGAAGCCCAUCAAAUGGAUUUUUCCUACUCCGUGACGUUAUUUGAGAAGAAGUGCCUCCCUGAGCCCAAACUGCUGUUGUAUAACUCCGUCAUUCCACUAAGUGCCAUUCUGGUCACGCUGGUCUUUAUGGCUCUGGUGGCAGCCAAAGUCUCCCAGCUCAGACUGAUGGUCUGCGAACGAUUCUUCACAUCAGCUGCAGACGCAAGAGUGGAGUACCUGCAUAGCAAAAUCCUGAGGAAGAGGUUAAAAACGAGGAGGGAAAAGAACGACCGCAGCUUCAGGUCCCUGAUUUUCAAGCUGCACUUCUGGUGUCCACUGUUUUUCCAACCCAAGGGCGGCCCACAAAGUAUCGUGUGA